AUGCUAAAAGUGCAAAGAGCUGCAGCGGGGGCCUUGCGUACACUAGCUUUCAAAAAUGAUGAAAACAAAAACCAGAUAUUGGAAUGUAAUGCUCUGCCCACCCUUGUUCUAAUGCUUCAUUCAGAAGAUGCUGCUAUACACUAUGAAGCUGUUAGUUUCUAUGUAAAGGAAAUGGCCAAAAGGAUCAACGAUUUAUGUGGUACUGUUCAUGGGUUAUCUUACAUGGUUAGUCACCACUUCAGCCUUAUCUUCUCUUAUUUUCCAUCGCCUCACUCCCCGAUCCUUCCACCGUCUCAUCUUCGAACUUCCCCACCGACUCUCUCACCCAACAUCUGUUUCCACUGCUUCUCUUCUACUUCUUCACUGCUUCUCGAACCUUUUUUUUCCCACCGCUUCAUGUUAUCUGUAGCUCCUCCAUUAGACGUUCCUCCAUCAAACGACGCAAUAGAUUUUUCAAUAGACGUUCCUUUUACUUCCGCCUGCGAGACCACCUCUAAUUGUACGUGCUCUUUCGGUGAAGUCGCCGCCUGUUUGAAGACGAUGGGUACAAGGGUUUUUUCAAUUGUUGUGAAAGCUGUUGGAGAGAAGUGGAAAUCCAUGAGUGCAAUUGCAAAAGGAGACGAACGAUUGAUUCAGGUGUUCCUGAUCUCAGAUGACAAAAUACAUAUACAAAGUACAAGCUACGUCUCAUAUUUCAAGAGAGGAGUGUUCCUUCUGCUGCAAACUCUAGAUUAUCACCACUUCCUCAUGAAGAUGCAGACUUUUAUGACAGGACUGGCCCUGUUGACAUUCCUCUUGUUUCAGCUAUGUUAUAAGGAGAAGGUAAAUUUAUCACAUCUAAAGGAGAUUGAAGAGGUUAAAAGGAAAAUGAUGAAGUUUCUCUAAUGUAUAUUAUCUAUCUUGCUGAUUGUCCAACAUGGGCUGAUAAGUCGAACUGAUGAUGAUAAAGCAAAUAGGACAACAUUGACUCCAACAAAGAAAAGAUGUUGAACUGGAUGAAGAAAAAGGACAAAUUUUCUUGCAAAUAUGUGGCUUUCCCCAUUGUUUAGUGGCAAGUCAUUCUUUAAAAUCAUCAAUCUUAGCUUGAUAUAUUGUCACUGUGGUGAAGGCUUAGGAUCAAAAUUCAGAAGUCCAUGGAUUUUGUUGUUGGAUUCACUCUCCAUCAACUAACUGGAACAUGUGAUAAGAAAGUAAUGUUUCAUUUAUAUUCAUUCAUCUGUCCUUUUA